UCAAAAGAACAAACAACCAAAUAGUUCAAGACUUUAGAUUAGGCACAUUGUGUACAUAAACACUCAUUUAAAGUAAAUUUUAAAGCCAUUACCACCCUCUAAUCCUGCAUGAACUCAUAUGACUUAAUUUCACCUCACCCCAGAGAGUCCAGACUUUCUCCUCCUUAAUAUAGAUCAUUAAGAGAAGAAAAAUAGAGAUUUGGUGUCCUUAAACAACUACCUGUCAAAAGCAGUAACCAUAGAGUAUUGAGCUGGAAAAAAAAGGAUAUUUGGGCUGGAACUUGUUGGUGCCUGCUUGUGGUUCAUAACAUUCAUAGGGCUGAAAUCUGAAUUUUUCCUGGUUUUUGAGAAGAUGGGUGUUGUUACUCUCGGUGAAGUGAAACCUACUGUAUCAGGGAAGAGAUCUUUUCGUCCAAGUUCAUGGCAUGCCACUGAAUGGCCUAUUUCUGAUGUUUCUAGUGAUCUCACCAUUGAAGUAGGAGCAUCAAGCUUUGCACUUCACAAGUUCCCUCUAGUGUCUCGGAGUGGAAGAAUCCAUAAGUUGUUGGUCGAGGCGAAGGAUGCAACGGUUUCACGUAUGAAUCUCUCUUCUAUUCCUGGUGGACCUGAAGCGUUUGAGCUAGCUGCAAAAUUCUGCUAUGGAAUAAAUAUCGAGAUUACGUUAUCGAACGUCGCGAUGUUAAGAUGUGCAUCGCAUUUCCUGGAGAUGACAGAAGAGUUUUCGGAGAAGAACUUGGAAGCUCGGACAGAAGGGUACCUGAAGGAUGCGGUUCUCUCGAACAUAUCGAGCUCGCUAUCUGUUCUUCACUGUUGUGAAAACCUCUUGCCUGUUUCUGAAGAUAUCAACCUGGUUAACAGGCUUAUCAAUGCAAUUGCCAAUAAUGCAUGCAAGGAGCAGCUCACUUCAGGCUUAUUGAAACUUGACCACAACUGCCCAUCGAAAGCUAUGCCAAACAUCGAACCGGAAGCACAGUCCGACUGGUGGGGAAAGUCUUUGGCGGUCCUUAACCUUGAUUUCUUCCAACGAGUUUUAACGACGGUGAAAUCGAAGGGUCUAAAACAGGAUAUGAUCAGCAAAAUUUUGAUAAACUACGCACACAAUUCUCUUCAAGGUCUAGUCCUCAGGGACCAUCACUUAGUAAAGGGUAUCCUGUUGGACUUAGAGCUGCAAAAGAAACAAAGGGUAAUCGUCGAAGCCAUCGUUAGCUUACUGCCGACUCAAUCGAGGAAGAGUUUGGUUCCCAUGGCUUUCCUCUCCAGUUUACUGAAAACUGCAAUAGCCUCAUCGGCAUCGACUUCUUGCAGAUCGGAUCUCGAGAAGAGGAUAGGCCUGCAACUAGACCAGGCAAUUCUUGAAGAUAUCCUACUACCAACCAAUUCAGUUGGAAACAAUCAUACAACCUUGUAUGAUACAGAGUCAAUUUUAAGGAUCUUCUCCAUAUUUUUGAACUUAGACGAGGAUGAUGAUGAGGACAAUCCAAUGAGAGAUGAAAGCGAAAUGGCAUACGAUUUCGACAGCCCGGGAUCUCCCAAACAAUGUUCAAUCCUCAAAGUAUCCAAGUUACUGGACACUUAUCUUGCAGAAGCUGCACUGGACACAAAUUUGCUGCCAUCAAAAUUCAUAGCACUUGCAGAGUUACUUCCCGACCAUGCUCGCAUUGUUAGCGAUGGAUUAUACCGAGCCGUUGAUAUCUUCCUCAAGGUUCAUCCGAACAUAAAGGAUUCCGAACGAUACAGACUAUGUAAAACCAUAGAUUGCCAGAAACUAUCUCAAGAAGCAUGUAGCCAUGCAGCACAGAACGAAAGGUUACCGGUCCAAAUGGCUGUCCAAGUGCUGUACUUCGAGCAAAUCAGGCUUCGGAAUGCGAUGAACGGAGGCCACAAUCAAUUCUUCUUCGGAGCAAUCAAUGGACGUUCGAGCAGCGGUGCGGGGAGCGGAGCCAUCUCGCCUAGAGACAACUACGCAUCGGUUAGACGAGAGAACCGAGUGCUGAAGCUCGAAGUCGCAAGGAUGAGGAUGAGGCUAACCGACCUCGAAAAGGAUCAUGUGUCGAUGAAACAAGAGUUGGUCAGGUCUCACCCUGCGAGCAAGAUAUUCAGAUCAUUCACCAAGAAAUUGUGCAAGCUCAACUCAUUGUUCAGGAUAAAAAAUGUGAAGACUAUAGGGGGUAAACCAAAUGCAGAAUCUCGGUUCUUCCAAAGGCGAAGGCGUCAUUCGAUAUCAUAGUUAACUAGGUGCAUGUGGAUAAACUGAA